AUGAUCAAAACUAACACAAGACUAGGUCUAUCUAGGCUUCUAAGUUCAGGAAACAGACCACCAUCACAUUUCAACUCAGGUGAUAUCCCACAGACUUAUAAUUACAACGGCACCACACACGGGCAUUCUUCACCAACACCAACACCAACAAAUACUUCGCCUACGCAACAACCUUCCUCCUCCAACAAACAUGAAGGAUCAAUACGGGAAAUCACGGGUUUACUAGCCAUGUUCGCUCUCGCAUACCUCGCCAUUGACAAUUACACAGAACGAGUCAAGAUUGAAAAACUUCAUCAUGACACAACAGCAAUAAAUUUGAAAGCUCUUCAAGUACAGCAAUUAAACUAUGCUCAAGAAAGAAAGAAACGCGAUUUGGUCAUGUUAAAAGAACGUAGAGAAGUAGCUAAACGAGAUUUCAAAAUGGGGUUACAUAUUGCCAUGUUGAGAAAACAACUCAUUGAUGCGGGAAUGAAACCGGUGGACUUGGAUGAUGCAGUUAAAGAAUUUGAAAAUAGUGUCAAAGCUGAUAAUUCAAUCAAGAAUGUUAGUGGUCAGUAUUUAUGGCUCGACGACAAGUCAGAGUUUAAACCGUAUUUACCUGAUACAAUGGAAUACGACAAGAACCGCCAAAGUAAAUAG